AGUAGAUACGUGAUAUUAGGUUGGAAACAAUCGAAUAAUAUUCGAUGACUGGUUAUCACUGGUUGUAUAGAAUUCCUAAUAUUUACAAGAGAAAUAUCUUGUAUAAUAUUGUGUUUAUUAAUUUAUUUCUGUCUGUGACAGAAUGGUACGCUUAAGCAUGAUUGUACAAGCCGUGAAGCCUCGCGUUUCACUCAUUAAAUUUCGUAAAGGUGGCCUUGUUCCUACCGGUAGAACGGAACAUCUUCCAGUGGAUACUACCCGCAAUGCAGCUAUUGAAGAUUGGGAAUUGCCAAAACGUUACGCCCGUAAACCUAUUGAUCAGAUUGAAAUGGAAUAUAUAAACACCGGUGGAGCUAUUUAAAAGUUUAUGUAUUUAUUAUGAACACAACAAAUAUUUCAUAAUUAUCUUAAUAAAUAAAUUAAAGAAUGUGGUCUCCCAGUCGUACUAAUAUAUUAUAUGAAAAAGUGAACAGAAAGCCAGGUAUAGAUUUGAUGGAAGAUAAAUAAGCAAAGCAAAUACAUUAUUAUAUACGAAAAGACAAGAGCUAAAUAUAUGAGAUGAAAACCGAUAUUGGCAAUUAACCAUACAUUGCGGUCAUUUAAGGAGUGAAAAUGCAUAAUAAUCAUCUAUUCUCUGAAGCAGUGAUCGGCAGGCCAUUGCCCGCCAGCGAGCAAGAUGUAUAAGAGGGCUAUGUGGAUUUAUUUAUGAAAGCAAAAUAAAUACAAUACUUUUAUAUA